AUGGAUGUGAGGCUCAGAGCCGGGCUGCUGUGCCUAGUCCAUGCCAUGGCUCGAAUCGGGGCCGAGCAAGAAGUGGAGAACCUCUCCGGGCUCUCCACCAGCCCCGAAAAGGAUAUUUUUGUGGUGCGGGACAACGGCACCACGUGUCUGAUGGCCGAAUUUGCGGCCAAAGUGAUGGUCCCUUAUGAUGUGUCGGCCAGCAAUUAUGUCGAUCUGAUAACAGAAGAAGCUGAGAUUCCGCUUUCCCGAGGAGCAGCAGUGAGGGGGAAAUGUGGCACUACCGAAUCGGAACUCCAGAUAUCUUGGCUAGACAAAGUUUACACCCUCAAACUGUAUUUUGUAAAGGAAGGCCACAACACAACCAAAAGGCAAGAGGCGGUCUGGAAAAUGAACAAGAUCCAGUUUGUCUAUGAUUCUUCGGAGCGAACCUACUUCAAAGAUGCCGUCAAUCCUGGGAAGCACACCGCCAGCUCGCACCACCUUUCUGCCUUACUCACCCCAGCUGGGAAAUCCUACGAAUGCCAAGCUCAGCAGACUAUCUCCCUCAUCACCAGCGAUCACCAGAGAACCGUAACUCUCUUGCUGUCUGAAGUCCGCCUUCAGCCCUUUGACAUCAGUGCUGACUUUGUCUUCAGCGAAGAACAUAAGUGUCCAGUGGACGAGAGGGAACAGUUAGAAGAAACCCUGCCUCUGAUUUUGGGUCUGAUAUUGGGGUUGAUGAUUGUGAUAACCGUCUGCAUUUACCAUAUCCACCACAAACUGACAGCCAACCAGGUACAGCUUCCUCGAGACAGAUCUCAGUACAAACACAUGGGAUAG